AUGGCUGCGUGGGGAUGGUGGAUUACUUUACAACAUACAUUUACAAUUCGGACCUUAUCAACUGCAUCACGGGAGAGCCAGACGCUCAGCCUCCCCGACGGUCGCACUCUUGGCUUCGCCGAGUAUGGCUCGUCAACCGGCACACCCGUCUUUUUCUUUCACGGCCUCCCCGGCUCGCGCCUUGAAGGCGGAGACUGGGACAGCGCGGCCCAGAAGCUAAACGCUCGCAUCAUCGCCCCGGACCGCCCUGGCAUGGGCCUCUCCUCUUUCCAGCCGCGUCGGAGACUCCUGGACUGGCCCGCGGACGUGCACCAGCUGGCUCACCAUCUCGGGCUGAAGCGGUAUCAUGUCAUGGGCGGAUCGGGCGGAGGGCCGUACGCGCUUGCAUGCGCAAAAGUGCUGCCGCGAGAAACGCUCCGUGCUAUAGGCGUCGUGGCAGGUCUCGGCCCCCGGGAGGCCGGAUACGCAGGCAUAUCUCUCUCGAGGAGGCUUGCGUGGAACUUCCUGGCGCGGGUGCCUGGGAUUGCUCGUCUGGAAGCUAACUGGAAGUUGGUGCCUGCUGCGCAGAAUCCAGACCGUGAGGUUUUCGCGAAACUCGGAUGGGACGAUUUCGUGCUGAAGCUCAAAGCAAAAGAUCGAGCUGUGUUUGAGGAUAAGGAAGUACGCGAACUUUCCGUCGAAAUCCUUAGGGAAGCGUUCAAGCCCGGUUCGGAAGGCUACGCUAUGGAGGCGAAGUUGCUCGCCAAGCCGUGGGGUUACGACUUGCGAGAUGUGGUUUCCAACAGGGUGUUAUUGUGGUAUGGCACGGAGGACGAGCAUACGCCGCUCCAAAUGGGAAGGUACAUGGCGGAACGCUUACCAAACGCGGUACUAAAGGAAUAUCCUGGCGACACCCACUUCACCAUUUUCUUUAGACAUGCGGAGGAGAUACUGCGGGAUCUAAUUGAUGGUGACUGA